ACGUCCCCUAACAGCCACUUGUUGCCGCGCGGCGUGGAUCACGGGAGUCGCGGCCAGUGCGUCCCGGACCGCCGCCCCGACACCAUGACCUCCUCGCUGUGCUUCGACCUGCGCCUGCUGAGCCCGGAGCGCUGACGGCUGCUUAGGACCAAGGGCGAAAGUCCUGGGUCAGACCGUCGCAACGGCGAGCGUGGGAGCCCCCCCGCGGACGACAUGGGGACUGCCCCGGGGGACGCCGCCGCCGCGCCGCCACCAACGGCUCCGAAGUCCCGCUCGGUGGUGGUCUCUCUCACGGCGGCUCGGCAGCGGGAGACGUGGGGCAAGAAGGCGGAGUUCCUGCUGGCCGUGGUCGGGUUCGCCGUCGACCUCGGCAACGUGUGGCGCUUCCCCUACAUCUGCUACCAGAACGGCGGCGGGGCAUUCCUGAUCCCGUACUGCGUGAUGCUGGUGUUCGGGGGGCUGCCGCUGUUCUUCAUGGAGCUGGCGCUGGGGCAGUUCCACCGCUGCGGCUGCCUCACGCUGUGGAAGCGCAUCUGUCCCGCGCUCAAGGGGGUGGGCUACGCCAUCUGCAUGAUCGACAUCUACAUGGGCAUGUACUACAACACGAUCAUCGGCUGGGCGGUCUACUACCUGAUCGCGUCCCUCGCGUCCAUCAACUCCGUGCUGCCAUGGACCAGCUGCGACAACGAGUGGAACACCCCUGCCUGCACGCAGAUCACCUCGCCUCUCAUUGGCAACCCUAACGCUACUACGCCGGCUAAGGAGUUCUUUGAACGCAACGUCCUCGAGCAGCACCGCAGCAACGGGCUGGACGACAUGGGCCCCAUCAAGCCGUCGCUGGCGCUGUGCGUCGCCGGCGUCUUCGUGCUCGUCUACUUCUCGCUGUGGAAGGGCGUCCGGAGCGCUGGGAAGGUGGUGUGGGUAACAGCCCUAGCUCCGUACGUGGUGCUGCUGAUCCUGUUGGCGCGCGGGGUGACGCUGCCGGGAGCCACCGAAGGCAUUCGCUACUACCUGACGCCGGAGUGGCACAAACUGCAGAACUCCAAGGUGUGGAUCGACGCGGCGUCGCAGAUCUUCUUCUCUCUCGGUCCCGGGUUCGGCACCCUGCUGGCGCUGUCCAGCUACAACAAGUUCAACAACAACUGCUACCGCGACGCGCUCAUCACCUCCUCCAUCAACUGCCUCACCAGCUUCCUCGCCGGAUUCGUCAUCUUCUCUGUGUUGGGCUACAUGGCGCACGUGCAGAACAAGUCGAUCGAGGAGGUGGGGCUGGAGGGGCCGGGGCUGGUGUUCAUCGUGUACCCCGAGGCCAUCGCCACCAUGACCGGCUCCGUCUUCUGGGCCAUCAUCUUCUUCCUCAUGUUGAUUACUCUGGGAUUGGAUAGCACUUUUGGAGGGUUGGAAGCCAUCACGACGGCGCUGUGCGACGAGUACCCGCGCGCGCUGGGUCGCCACCGCGAGCUGUUCGUGGCCGGCCUGCUCGUCUUCAUCUACAUCUGUGCGCUGCCUACUACUACCUAUGGCGGCGUGUACCUGGUGGACCUACUGAACGUGUACGGGCCGGGGCUGGCCAUCCUGUUCGUGGUGUUCACGGAGGCGGCCGGCGUGUGCUGGGUCUACGGGGUCGACAAGUUCUCCGCCGACGUGAAGACCAUGUUGGGGCACACGCCUGGGUGCUUCUGGAGGACUUGCUGGAGUUAUAUCAGCCCGGUGUUCCUGCUGGUCCUCUUCGUGUUCUCCGUGCUGGCCCACGAGGAGAUGCUGGUGGGCGAGUACGCGUACCCGGCGUGGUCCAUCCGCGUGGGCUGGCUGCUGACGGGGACCACCGUGUCCUGCAUCCCCCUGUAUAUGGUCUACAAGUUCCUUAUUACGCCCGGGAACUUUGUCAAUCGAAUAAAGACAAUAAUGCGUCCGGAGGUGACGUCGAUACCGCCGGUGGACACGGCGCUGUGUGCCCUGUGACCUGUGGACGCUCCGCAGCAUCAGACCCUGGCCGGGACCACUCCACCAGCCUUGGAGUGGCUCGUGUAACAAACGGCAUUUUUAUGGGCUUUUGUUAUGUUGUGCUAGCGCUAAAGCGCGCGCG